GGCUGCCAACGAGUCCUCCAUGUUCGGUUGUACCAAGCACUGAUUAGGAACUCGAUUUCUACGUUUAUUUCUCUUUUUGUAGGUGCCUUCUGGCCCCUUCGAAUAGUCCUGACUCUUGUUGGACGUGUAUUGGAUGAAUUGAGUGAAAAUGGCGCAGCUAUUACCCAUUAGGUUUCAAGAACAUCUUCAGCUGCAAAGUGUUGGCAUCAAUGCUGCCAACAUUGGCUUCUCCACCCUUACCAUGGAGUCAGAUAAAUUUAUUUGUGUUAGGGAAAAAGUUGGAGAAACAGCACAAGUGGUUAUCAUUGACCUAGGUGAUGCAAACAAUCCAACAAGGAGACCAAUUUCUGCUGACUCAGCUAUUAUGAAUCCCAAAUCAAAAGUUAUUGCUCUAAAAGCGGGAAGAACACUCCAGAUUUUUAACAUCGAGAUGAAAAGCAAAAUGAAGGCACAUACAAUGGUAGAAGAUGUUACUUUCUGGAAGUGGAUCAAUGUUAAUACUCUUGCUCUUGUCACUGAGACCACCGUCUACCACUGGUCCAUGGAAGGUGAUUCUCAGCCUUACAAGAUGUUUGACCGCCAUUCAAGUCUUGCUGGAUGUCAGAUAAUUAACUACAGAACAAACAGUGAUGCCACAUGGCUACUUCUAAUUGGAAUUUCAGCACAGGUAAGCCAGAAACACGGAAUUGUUUUCCUGAUCACCAAGUAUGGGUACAUCCAUCUGUACGAUGUAGAAAGUGGAUCCUGUAUUUAUAUGAACCGGAUCAGUGGAGAUACAAUCUUUGUGACUGCUCCUCAUGAACCUACAGAUGGCAUCAUUGGUGUCAACAGAAAGGGACAGGUAUUGUCAGUGAGUGUGGAGGAGGACAACAUCAUUCCAUACAUCACCAAUGUGCUCCAGAAUCCUGAUCUAGCUCUUCGUCUGGCUGUAAGGAACAAUUUGGCCGGAGCAGAAGAACUGUUUGUCAGAAAAUUCAACACUUUAUUCACCAACAUGCAAUAUGCUGAAGCUGCUAAAGUUGCUGCUAAUGCACCUAAGGGUGUGCUAAGAACGCCACAGACAAUUCAGAGGUUUCAGCAAGUUCCAUCUCAACAAGGUCAAACGUCACCUUUGCUGCAGUAUUUUGGCAUUUUGUUAGAUCAAGGCAAACUCAACAAGUUUGAGUCACUGGAGCUGUGCAAGCCUGUUUUACAGCAAGGAAGGAAGCAGCUUCUAGAGAAGUGGCUCAAGGAAGAAAAGCUGGAAUGCAGUGAAGAGCUUGGUGAUUUGGUGAAGCAAGUGGAUCCCACUCUGGCCUUGUCAGUGUAUCUCAGAGCUAAUGUACCUAGCAAGGUGAUCCAAUGCUUUGCUGAAACUGGUCAGUUCCAAAAGAUAGUGUUGUAUGCAAAGAAAGUUGGUUACACUCCAGAUUACAUAUUCCUUCUUCGAAAUGUGAUGAGGGUCAAUCCAGAGACAGGCAGUCAAUUUGCUUCAAUGCUUGUCCAGGAGGAAGGAGAACCACUUGCAGAUCUCAGCCAGAUUGUAGAUGUAUUUAUGGAAACAAACCAGGUUCAAGCAUGCACUUCUUUCCUUCUGGAUGCUCUCAAGAACAACAGACCAACUGAAGAUCAUCUACAGACCAGGCUGCUUGAAAUGAAUCUCCUCACAGCUCCCCAGGUUGCAGAUGCAAUUCUAGGCAAUCAAAUGUUUACUCAUUAUGAUCGGGCUCAUAUUGCCCAGCUGUGUGAGAAUGCUGGACUGUUGCAGAGGGCCUUGGAACACUAUACUGACAUCUUUGACAUCAAGAGAGCCAUUGUGCAUACUCAUCUGCUAAAUCCUGAGUGGCUGGUUAACUACUUUGGUUCCUUAUCAGUGGAAGAUUCCUUGGAAUGCCUGCGUGCCAUGCUUACCCACAACAUUCGCCAAAACUUACAAAUCUGUGUUCAAGUGGCAACCAAGUACCAAGAACAACUCAGCACAACUGCUCUGAUUGAGCUGUUUGAAUCCUUUAAGAGUUUUGAAGGUUUGUUUUACUUCUUGGGAUCUAUUGUCAACUUUAGUCAGGAACCAGAUGUCCACUUCAAGUACAUACAGGCUGCUUGCAAGACUGGCCAGGUUAAAGAAGUUGAGCGUAUUUGUAGAGAAAGCAACUGUUAUGAUCCAGAAAGAGUUAAAAACUUUCUCAAGGAAGCCAAACUGACUGACCAGUUGCCUCUUAUCAUAGUCUGUGAUAGAUUUGAUUUUGUCCAUGAUCUGGUGUUGUACUUAUAUCGCAACAACCUUCAGAAAUACAUUGAGAUCUAUGUCCAGAAGGUGAACCCCUCACGUUUGCCUGUGGUAGUAGGAGGUUUGUUGGACGUGGACUGCUCAGAAGACAUCAUCAAGAGUCUCAUGAUGGCUGUACGAGGCCAAUUCUCAACUGACGAACUCGUUGAAGAGGUGGAGAAAAGAAAUCGCCUUAAGCUUCUGUUACCCUGGCUGGAAGCAAAGAUCCAUGAUGGAACUGAAGAACCAGCCACUCAUAACGCACUGGCCAAGAUUUAUAUUGAUGCUAACAACAAUCCUGAAAGAUUCCUUAGAGAGAACCCAUACUAUGACAGCAAAGUAGUUGGUAAAUACUGCGAAAAGAGGGAUCCACAUUUGGCUUGCAUAGCUUAUGAACGAGGACAGUGCGAUGCUGAGUUAAUUAAGGUUUGCAACGAGAACUCACUAUUCAAGAGUCUGGCGAGAUACCUUGUUCGACGAAGGGACCCAGAUCUCUGGGCAGAAGUACUUCAAGAAUCAAACCAGUUCCGUAGACAGCUUAUUGACCAGGUUGUGCAAACAGCCCUCUCCGAGACUCAAGAUCCCGAGGAUGUGUCGUGCACAGUGAAAGCAUUCAUGACUGCUGAUCUACCCAAUGAACUGAUUGAACUGUUAGAAAAGAUUGUGUUAGAUAACUCCGUCUUCAGCGACCAUAGAAAUUUACAGAACCUGCUGAUUUUGACAGCUAUUAAGGCCGAUCGUACGCGUGUCAUGGAGUACAUCACGCGCCUCGACAAUUAUGAUGCGCCCGAUAUCGCCAGUAUCGCCAUUGGUGGUGAACUUUACGAAGAAGCCUUUGCCAUUUUUAAGAAGUUUGAUGUGAACACCUCUGCUAUCCAGGUUUUGAUAGAGAAUGUACAAAAUUUGGACCGUGCGUACGAGUUUGCCGAGCGAUGCAACGAGGCCGCAGUAUGGAGUCUUUUAGCCAAAGCCCAGCUGCAGAAGAACAUGGUUAAAGAGGCGAUUGAUUCAUUUAUAAAAGCUGAUGAUCCGUCUGCUUAUACAGAGGUCGUUGAAACAGCCAACAGAGAAGGAAACUUUGAAGAUGUCGUGCGCUUCCUGCAGAUGGCCCAGAAAAAGUCCAGAGAUUCAUUUGUAGAAACGGAACUGAUUUUUGCCUUCGCCAAAACUAACCGCCUUGCGGAGCUCGAAGAAUUUAUAUCAGGACCAAACCACGCUCAAAUUCAGCAGGUUGGCGACCGAUGCUUUGACGAGAAAAUGUUCGACGCUGCCAAACUUCUUUAUAACAACGUGUCGAAUUUUGCUAAAUUAGCUUCCACUUUAGUACACUUAGGAGAAUACCAGGCAGCUGUCGACGGCGCCAGAAAGGCAAACAGCACAAAGACAUGGAAAGAGGUUUGUUUCGCAUGUGUUGAGGGAGAAGAAUUCCGUUUGGCCCAAAUGUGUGGACUUCACAUCGUGGUCCACGCCGAUGAAUUAGAAGAAUUAAUAAAUUUCUACCAGAAUCAAGGCUACUUUGAAGAGCUCAUAUCCCUGAUGGAGGCCGCUUUGGGCCUGGAGCGAGCACAUAUGGGCAUGUUUACAGAGUUGGCAAUCUUGUAUUCCAAGUACAAACCCACUAAGAUGAGGGAACAUUUGGAACUCUUUUGGUCUAGAGUUAAUAUUCCUAAGGUUCUUCGCGCAGCCGAGCAAGCUCAUCUGUGGUCAGAGCUUGUGUUCUUGUACGAAAAAUACGAGGAAUACGACAAUGCAGUACAAACCAUGAUGACUCACCCAACUGUGGCCUGGAAAGAGGCUCUGUUCAAAGAUGUCAUCUGUAAAGUGGCGAACAUUGAAUUGUACUACAAGUCCCUGCAGUUCUACCUGGAUUUCAGGCCAAUGUUGAUAAAUGAUCUCCUUAUGGUGCUCACUCCACGUAUGGACCACACCCGCGCCGUGAAUUUCUUCAAGAAGGUAAAUCACUUGCCUCUUGUUAAGCCGUACUUACGAUCGGUGCAAAGCCACAACAACAAGGCUAUAAACGAGGCUCUGAAUGAUCUGCUUAUUGAAGAAGAAGACUACAACGGCCUCCGUGCUUCAAUCGAUGCCUUCGACAACUUCGAUAACAUUGCGCUGGCCCAGCGACUUGAAAAACACGAGCUGAUCGAGUUCCGCCGCAUUGCAGCGUACCUUUACAAGGGCAACAACCGCUGGCAGCAGUCUGUGGAACUGUGUAAGAGGGACAAGCUUUACAAGGACGCCAUGUUGUACGCUGCGGAAUCUCGAAACAACGCCACUGCAGAAGAUCUGAUUCACUGGUUCCUAGAAAUUGGAAACAAUGAGUGCUUCGCAGCCUGCUUGUUCAUGUGCUAUGAUCUCCUCAGUCCAGAUGUUGUAUUAGAGCUCGCCUGGAGACACAAUCUUAUCGACUUUGCAAUGCCCUACAUGGUGCAGGUCUUUAAGGAAUAUAUAGACAAGGUGAACAAGCUAGCAGUUUCUGAAGCUGAACGCAAAGAUCAAGAGGAGAGCAAGCAGGAUCAGCCCAUCGUUUUCGGUGCCGACCAGUUAAUGAUCACAGCAGGCCCAAGCAUGGUACCCAAUAUGCCUCCUGGUGUAGUACCAGGCAUGCAGCCCCAGCAGUACCCCGGAGGGUAUCAGAUGCCCCCAGGCCCGGGUUAUAUGUGACGAGAUAAUUACAGAAAGAAAAUUAGUAUCGAACCUGAAUAGCUAGGCCCUAUAUUUCAAUGGCGUUUUUUUAUAUUCUAGUCUGGCUAAUUUCUUGCUAUGUAACUUAAAAUUGUGAAUUCAUCUAGGACUGAAAACUGAGGAGCCAUUCAGUCGAAUUGUCGCCGUAUUAUGGAGUAAGUGGUAGAAUUAGUCAAUGGUGAAGUGAUUGCCCGUAUACUUUUAAUUGACUUCCUCUAUAGAGUUUGUUUGGUUUGAUUUGAUAGACUCCUAGCAUGCCAAACCUACGUAUAUAUGUAUGUAUGGGUAAUAAAACACCAUUCAUUUCAUUA